CGUGUUUUUUGUUCCCUCCUUGCAGGUGACAGCCUUGUCAUCGGCCAUAGACCUGACCAUUACAACUGCUACAAGAGCGGAGGCACCUGUCUCUAUUCCUCGUGCCCGAUUUUCACCAAGGCUACAGGCACCUGUUACCUCGGGAAGGGACACUGCUGUAAGCCCAAGUGAGAUGGGCGGGUUGUGGAGAACCAGCAGAGCUGCCGAGGGAACUGUCUGGAACCAUUCUUUUAAUAAAAGCAGCACACUGUUCUGAAGUGUGCUUCCUUCAGA